CACCUCUCUCUCACAAUUUCCAUAUCUCUCAAACUAACCACAUUUCACUCAAACUCGAUCCAGUACAUAUGGAUCAAAGUUUUCCAUUUAGUCCUUCGUGGUUUCCCCCAUCACCAGAACCAUUUCCUCAAUCAAUGGAGUUUCUGCAAGACCCUUUAAUGGUAGAAUUUGAGAACAUGGACGAAGUACUUGCUGGAUCGUUCGAUGUUCCUGCAGUAAUCGGCGAAGCUUAUCCCUCAACGAUUACACAACAACCAUGUUGUCCAGAGUCAUUAACCAUACCACAAAGUCCACCUAACGUGCAACCACAAGACCAAUCAUCCUACGUUGCACCUGGAUAUGUACAACAUCCUGAUCAACAAGAUUUAGCAAAUCCAGACUUGCUCAAUUCCUUUCAAGAGCCAGAUGUUUCUUCAGUGCAGCAACAUAAACAACCACCAUCAUCCAAUUUCAAUGGAUCUUUACAGCAAUACGAUCACCAAAGUUUACUAAUUCCAAACAUGAUGUAUCCUCAGUCGCCAGAUGCUUAUACAAUGCAGCAGGAGCAAGUACCACCACUAUCCAAUUCACAUGGAUAUGAACAGCAAUAUGAUCAACAAGGUUUAUUAAAUCCAAACAUGCUGAAUUCUUCUCAUGAACCUGAUGUUUUUACUAUGCAACAACAACAACCAUUAUCCAAUAUACAUGGAUAUUUACAACAAUCAGAUGAUGAAGAUUUAUUACAGAACAUGCUGAAUUCUUUUCAGGAGCCAAAUCCUUAUCCAAUGCAAGAACAACAACAAUUGUUUUGCGACGACUCACAUGAGCAUGUACAAGGAAACUUGCCGAACAUACAACCAGAUCAGCAAUACUUAUCUAAUGAAAACAUGACAAAUUCAUUUCAAGAGUCAAAUGAUUCUACAAUGAUCAAUAUUGUUCAGCAAAGCGAAGAAGGAGACAACGGAUAUGCUGCACAUCAACAGCCAAUGACUGAUUGUUUUGAGUUACCAAAUCAUCUUGAAGAUAUGUUUCAAACAGCACCUGUAUCAGAAAAUUACCCGACAUAUUCGGAGUACCAACAUGGUCCGAUUGGUUCAGAUUUCAACAUGGACGACCAGAUGGCACCUCCGAGAGUUUCAACAAACAGAGAAGACGAACAUCUCGCCCCAAGGAUGGUCACAGAUAUGGCUAUAGAUAAUCCUCUACAAAAUCAGAACUCUACUAGCACUUUUCAACCAGAAAUGCCAUCGAGCUUUACCGGGACUUAUUCUCAACAAAGUCAAAUAUCUAGCAUUCCACCUCAAGCUCAAAUGUCGUCGAGCUAUACUAGGACUUGUCCUCUGCAAAAUCAAAAUUCGAUGAUGCAUCUUCGAUCUCAAAUCCCUUCUAUCUCUACUAGGGUUUAUCCUACGCAAAGUCAAAAUGCGAUGAUGCCUCUUCCAUCUCAAAUGCCUUCUAACUCUACUAGGGCUUAUCCUCCACAAAAUCAAAAUUCAAUGACGCGUCCUCCAUCUCAAAUGCAUUCUAGCUCUACUAGGGCUUAUCCUCCACAAAAACAAAAUGCGAUGAUGCCUGCUCCAUCUCAAAUGCCUUCUAGCUCUACUAGGGCUAAUCGUCCACAAUAUCAAAAUUCGAUGAUGCCUCCUCCAUCUCAAAUGCCAUCUCAAAUGCCAUCUCAAAUGCCUCCUAGCUCUACUAGGGCUAAUGGUCCACAAUAUCAAGAUUCAAUGAUGCCUCCUCCAUCUCAAGUGCCUUCUACCUCUACUAGAGCUUGUCCUCCACAAAAUCAAAAUUCGAUGAUGCCUCCUCCGUCUCAAAGGCCAUCUCAAAUGCCUUCUACCUCUACUAGGAACAAUGGCAACGCGCAAGAGUUAGUAAGUCAGCCUCUGCCGAGAGUUAGGCGCCCUCGACAACGCACUUCUACACAAAGACGUCCACGCACAAACUCAGUCACUGCUGCUCCCCUACAGACCAGUACUGUUCUGGGACGUCGAAAAAGAAAUGAUCAAAAUCACUCUGUGCAAGGAGAAUCAUCAUCAGCUGCCCAACGAAAGAGGAUCGCCAUCCCAGAAAGAAAUGUUGAUUCAAAUGCACCCAAACCUAUCGAGCACAGGGUGAAAAAUGCAUUAUAUGAUCCAAUAUAUGAAAGCCUUGGUCUAGCUAUUGAUCCCAUGUUGAGAAAAUUCCAUUUUCAAAGAUGAGAAAUCGCUAGUAACUUUUGUAUCUAGCUUUUCUAAUUUAUUCCUUUUUUUGUUCAAUCUAAUUUAUUCGUUAUAUUACAACUUUUAUGGUUUAAAUUUGCUGUAGCUAUGAAUUUUAUCGAUGAAUAUGAACCAUUAAGCAUUAUAUCGAGAGUGAUGAAUUGAAUACCAUUCUGCUCAGA